GAGGAAUUAAGUCCUCCUAUUUUGUUCUCUCUCUCUCUCUUUUUGUUAACUCAGGAAAUUAUUUGCAUGCGAGUGUAGAAGCACAGCCCUGGAGUUUACAAGUGCUGCAGUGCUUUGUCUGCUGAUGAUGUGAAAAACAAAAACCCUAUUAAAGGAUGGCUAUACGAGAGCUUAAAGUUUGUCUACUGGGGGACACUGGUGUUGGGAAAUCAAGUAUAGUUUGUCGAUUUGUCCAAGAUCAUUUUGAUCACAAUAUCAGUCCUACUAUUGGAGCAUCGUUUAUGACAAAAACUGUGCCUUGUGGAAAUGAGCUGCAUAAAUUUCUGAUUUGGGAUACUGCUGGCCAGGAACGUUUCCACUCAUUGGCACCUAUGUAUUACAGAGGCUCGGCUGCUGCUGUAAUUGUAUAUGACAUCACAAAGAAGGAAUCUUUUCAUACACUGAAGAAAUGGGUGAAAGAAUUAAAAGAACAUGGACCUGAGAACAUUGUAAUGGCCAUUGCUGGAAACAAAUGUGACCUACAUGACACAAGGGAAGUAACAAUUAGAGAUGCCAGAGAGUAUGCUGAAUCCAUUGGAGCAAUUGUUGUUGAAACCAGUGCAAAGAAUGCUAUUAAUGUUGAAGAACUCUUCCAAGGGAUAAGUCGAAGGAUCCCACCUCUGGAUCCUCAUGAGAAUGGGACCAACGGGGCAAUGAAACUUGGACGGCAGUCAUCACAGUCAGUGAAUCGAUGCUGCUGAUCUGCACAGUUUGGUGACCUGCAAACGAUUAUUCUUUGCACUAUGACAAGGUUUUAAUGACUGUCAUAUUAUGAAGAACUAAAUAGGUGCAGAAAAUAAUCCCUCAGAAGUCACCCUAAUUUGAUGAGUGUGCAGUGAUUGACUGUCCAUCAUUUUAACCAUUUUCACUACUGUAAAAAUUAAGAUGAUUUCUUUACAGAACAGUUCAUUGGAAUAUGCUGUAUAAUAAUACAGACUUUUAAAGUAUUGUGUAAGGUCAUUUUCAUACAUAUUUUUUUAGUAGUUUUUAUUUUAUGUACAAUUUUUUAAAAAGUUUCUUUUUGUUGGAUAAGAUUUUUCAUAUAACAUUAUGAUUUAUUUUCAGUGCACUUUGACUCAAGUAAAAUUAGAAUAUUUUACUUCAAAAUAUAUCCCAACAAAUAUCAAGGAAACUCCAAUUAAUCCAUGUUCGCACUCUUUGAUAUGAAAGAACAAACUAUUCUUAUGAAAGUAAUGAUGAAAGUAAUGUUUCUUUAACGAAUACCAAAAAAAUAUUCUCUUUAUGAUUAGUAAAACCAUUGUAUCUCAAGCCACUGGUUGUACAUUCAUUUGAAUAGGUUUUAAAUUAUGGAUUUGGGAAAACUACAAUAUUUCAAUUUAAUUGCUAAAAAUAAAUUUGGCGACCAAACUGACAUUGAAGUAUUAUAUGAUGUGCCAAGUAAUGAAUUUAAGUGUGAUGUAUUAUUAAGUAAAUAGUAAGGUCAAAAUGUAACGUUCAUGAUUCAUAUAGAGAUUGAAAUUUAAAAAAAAAACUUUCCACUUUACUUUUGUUAUCAAAUUGUCUUCAUUCUCUUGGUAUCCUUUGUUAAAGAACAUACCUAGGUAGUCUCAUGACUAGCAAUCCACAGCUAUCUGGUGAUUUGCGGCUGUAGACAUGUCUCUUGUCAUUGGCUCACCUUAUUUGUUCUGCCAAUUAAUAAUAGAAAUACAAUGGGAAGUUGUCUAAAAUUGCAUGCUCUGUCUGAAUAAUAAAGGUUACAUUUUGACUUCACUGUUACUUUAAUGCUCAUUGCAUAACAAAUAUGUCACUGGUUUACCAAUCUUAACUAGUUUGUAAUUCAAGUAUAAAUAAAAUACAGUUUUCCUACUAAA